AUGAUGCUGAAACACUUCUACAGAGACGGAUACAGGUCUAGACGAACGACAAUUGCAAGAGCAGCUGCGAAGCUCCGCCGCAUCAAGAUGGGAAAGACCGCCGACAGUCGGGAAAAAAGAGCUCGGAAGAUGCAGACGUCAAAGAUGAGAAGAGCUCACUGCCCUUGGCGACAGACCCGUAGCAGAUGGACUACAAAUAGCUGCAGCUCAAACCACUCUCAGUGCUUUGCGACUUUGACGGAAGCUCUGCUUCUUUCAACAGAAACACCUGUGGAAGUGCCGUUCAUAAUAUUUACGUUAUAA